CCUCCAAAGUGAAAGACACUCGAUAGCAGUUUAGUUUGCACUUUGCAGAAACACCCAGAAACAGAAAGAGCGCCGAUAAACGACAAGAAGAAGAAGAAGAAGAGGCGGUUUAUGCUAUUUUGUGUGCGGCUCCCUGACCUGUGUUGAGAAUGGUCGGAGAUGUAAAUGGAGGCGGACUCGGUUCAACGCUGUCGUCCCCAGCGUUGGCGGAGGAGCAGUACGUCAAGGCCAAGACGUCUGUGUGGUGGGACAUAGAGAACUGCCAAGUUCCCAAGGGCAGCGACGCGUACGCGAUUGCCCAGAACAUCAGCUCCGCGCUCGCUAAGAUGAAUUACUGUGGUCCCGUCUCCAUCUCCGCCUAUGGCGACACCAACGGGAUCCCUGUAUCUGUCCAACAAGCCCUCUCCAGCACCGGCAUCGCCCUCAACCACGUCCCCGCUGGUGUGAAAGAUGCUAGUGACAAGAAGAUAUUAGUCGAUAUGCUGUUCUGGGCAGUAGACAACCCUGCCCCUGCAAACUUUAUGCUAAUUUCGGGAGACAGAGAUUUCUCUAAUGCGCUCCAUCAACUGCGCAUGAGGAGGUAUAACAUUCUUCUAGCGCAGCCGCAAAAAGCAUCCGCACCCCUGAUUGCUGCAGCGAAGACUGUCUGGCUUUGGACUAGCCUCUCUGCCGGAGGACCCCCACUUUCGAGUGGUGAAUCAUCACAGUUCGCUAAUGGUCAUCAUACCUCUAAUAGCAAUUCUGAAAACCUUUCUUUUGGAAAUCAAAGGCCUUCCAGUAGUGAAAGGGUUGGUGAUAACAAAAAUAAGGGGAGGAAUGGUCGAAAAACCAUAAAUCAAUUGAGCAUGUCCAGGGCCUCAAGCAUGCCAGUUUCAACUCAAGAGAGUAAAAACAAUGAUUACCCUUACCAACCGGAACAUACAGAACCCAACCAGUUUAAGAAAGCCCCACAUGAAUUCUUUGGUUUCAUUGAGCCUGUAGUCUCUGUAAGUCGGUCUACUUCAGAUUUGUUAACUGGCAGUUCUGAAAUCUCAGGGAGUAAUAGCAUUAAUUUCGUAGGUAUUGCACAAAAUCAAUAUUCUCUUCCUUUGAGGCCAAACAACCCCCAUAUGCAACCUCCUUUUGGACUAGAGAAUCUGCAUCUUGUAAAUUCUCAUAGUCAGGGUGGUUUUCGCCCAAUUUCUCCUAGACCUGAUGGCCCCAGGUUUUCAGCUCGACACACAAGUAUGCCUGAUAUGGGUAGUCUAAGUAUCCCUGAAUCACCCGGAUAUGUUCAAAAUCCUCCUAAUUACCAACACCGAAGUGGAGAAGAAUUAAGGCCGAACUCUACUGAAUCUCCAUAUCCAGCUCGUGUAAAUGUAACACAAAAGGGCCAUGGCCCAACAUUUCAUCGUGAUACUAUGAGCAACAGGUAUCCCCGUGGUUCUGGAUAUCGACCACCAGCAUCUCCUCCUAUAAAUGGCGUUUCUAGUAAUGGUGGCUGGGGAUCUCGAGGGCGUUCACCGCCUUCUGAGUAUGAGAAAACAGUACGAAGGACACGCAUUCCAUGGGAGCAGACACGACUGUCCCCCCAAAGACUCGUGGUAUAA